AUGGGGGAAUCCAAGUCCUCGUUUCACCCCGCACUCACUGUGAACAACAUCAAGAGCUCUAUCCCGGUUGUUCUUGAAUUUGAUAACUCACAAUAUUUCACUUGGGCGGAACUUUUCAAACUUCACGCACGUUCUAAGGGGGCUCUGGAUCAUAUUAUUCCUCCUAAGUCUACGGACGAUGGGAAGGAAACAACUCCUUUAACGGCUGCGGCGAAGGAAUUAUGGUCUACUUUGGAUGCUGCCAUCGUGGGUUGGAUCUAUUCCACAAUUUCCAACGACCUUUUGCAGACCAUAAUGGAACCUGAUGCUACGACCAUGGAGGUUUGGGCUCGGUUGCGUGACAUCUUCCAGGACAACCAAAACUCUCGUGCCGUCACUUUAGAGCAAGAAUUCUCUUCUACAAAAAUGGAGGAUUUUCCCAAUGUAUCGGCAUAUUGUCAAAGGCUCAAGGGUCUUUCCGAUCAAUUGAGGAAUGUUGGAGCACCGGUGGAUAAUAAUCGAUUGGUUCUUCAAUUAGUUUCGGGUCUCACCGAAGCCUAUAAGGGUGUUGGUACUCUUAUCAGACAAAGCUCUCCCCUUCCUCUGUUUUAUCAGGCUCGUUCUAUGCUCACGCUAGAGGAGGCGGGUCUCAUGAAACAGGCUGCACUCAGUUCGGCAUCGGCAAUGGUGGUUACUUCUCGUGAUUCGGAUGACGGGUAUGAUAAUUCGGGUGGUUCUCGUGGCCGAAAUAACUCACCAAAAACCUCAGGUGGCCGAAAACAAAACGGUGGCAAGGCCGGCAAAUCUGGUGGCAAAGGUGGAAAAACAGGGGGCACCGGUGGUCGGGGUGGCGCUGGCCAACAGCCGCAGCAGCAGCCGCCACCUCACUGGCAGCAACAGCAGUGGCCGCAAAAACAGCAGUGGCCGCAGUUCCCUGGUUGGGUGUGGGCUCCUCAGUGGGCCGCUCCUCCAUGCCCAUACCCUAACCAAGGGUGGGCUCGUCCUCAAGGCCCAACUCGGCAGUCCGGUAUCUUAGGGCCUCGUCCUCACCAAGCUUAUGCUGCUUCAAAUCAGUCCGGUCAGUACACUCCAACGGAUAUCGAAUCAGCAAUGCAUACUAUGACUUUGAGCCAACCCGAUCCUUCGUGGUACAUGGACACCAGAGCCACCUCUCACAUGACAUCCUCCAACGGUAAUCUCUCUUCUUAUUUUAAUUUGAGCAAUCAUCCUAAUAAUAUUGUUGUUGGAAGUGGUCAUACUAUUCCUAUUCUUGGUUGUGGUCGUACUACCCUCUCCUCCCCGCACCCUCCUUUAUCUCUCCAUAGUGUCCUUCAUGCUCCCAAACUCAUUAAAAAUCUUAUUUCAGUUCGCAAAUUUACCGUAGAUAAUAAUGUGACUGUUGAGUUUGACCCUUAUGGUUUCUUUGUGAAGGAUUAUCGGACGGGGAUGCCCAUAAUGAGAUGUAAUAGCACACCACUUCCACCAAUAUUUCCUCUCCCUCGGGUUUUGCAGCUUUAG